AGGGGACAUGGGUUCGAUUUCUGGUCCAGAACUCCCACAUGUCAUGGAGCAAGCAACUUAGCCCGUGCACCACAGCUACUGAGCCGCGUGCUGCAGCUACUGGAGCCCUGGCGCCUGAGGUGAAUGUCGGAUGUGUACCCAAAAAGGUAAUGUGGAACACUGCUGUCCACUCUGAAUUCAUGCAUGACCACGUUGAUUAUGGCUUUCAAAGUUGUGAAAGUAAAUUCAAUUGGCGGAUUAUAAAGGAAAAGCGGGAUGCCUAUGUGAGCCGCCUGAACACCAUCUAUCAAAAUAAUCUAACCAAGUCCCACAUAGACAUCAUCCAUGGCCAUGCAGCAUUCACGUGCGAUCCCCAGCCCACAGUGGAGGUCAACGGGAAAAAAUACACUGCUCCUCACAUCCUGAUCGCCACAGGCGGCGUGCCCUCGGUUCCUCAGGAGAGCCAGAUCCCCGGUGCCAGCCUAGGAAUAACCAGCGAUGGGUUUUUUCAGCUGGAAGAGUUGCCUCGCCGCAGUGUCAUUGUUGGUGCUGGUUACAUCGCUGUGGAAAUAGCUGGCAUCCUGUCUGCCCUGGGUUCUAAGACAUCAAUAAUGAUACGCCAUGAUAAGGUGCUUAGAACUUUUGAUUCAAUAAUCAGUUCCAACUGUACCGAAGAGCUGGAGAAUGCUGGCAUUGAGGUGCUGAAGUACUCCCAGGUCAGGGAAGUUAAAAAAACGUCUUCAGGCCUGGAACUCCGCAUGGUUACUUCGAUUCCUGGUAGGAAACCCACCUUCACCACUAUUGCAGAUGUUGACUGCCUGCUCUGGGCCAUUGGGCGGGACCCAAACUCCUGGGGCCUGAAUUUAAACAAACUGGGGAUUCAAACUGAUGACAAAGGUCACAUCAUAGUAGAUGAAUUCCAGAAUACUAACGUAAAAGGUGUCUAUGCAGUUGGGGAUGUGUGUGGAAAAGCUCUUCUUACUCCAGUUGCGAUUGCUGCUGGCCGAAAACUUGCCCAUAGACUUUUUGAGUGCAAAGAAGAUUCCAAAUUAGACUAUGACAACAUCCCCACAGUGGUCUUCAGCCACCCCCCUAUUGGGACAGUGGGACUCACAGAAGAUGAAGCCAUUUAUAAAUAUGGAAAAGAAAAUGUGAAGACUUAUUCUACCACCUUUACCCCAAUGUAUCAUGCAGUUACCAAAAGGAAAACAAGAUGUGUGAUGAAAAUGGUUUGUGCCAACAAAGAGGAAAAGGUGGUUGGAAUUCAUAUGCAGGGAAUUGGAUGUGAUGAAAUGCUGCAGGGCUUUGCAGUUGCAGUGAAAAUGGGAGCAACAAAAUCUGACUUUGACAACACGGUUGCUAUUCAUCCUACCUCUUCAGAAGAACUGGUCACACUUCGUUGAGAACCCAGAGACUUGUAUGGCUGGCAGCUGGACCAGCAGACCUUCAGGAAGGAGCCAAAUCAUCACGUUUACUUACUGUUCCCACUUUACGUAUUUCUUUAUCGUAAUCAGAAUCUUCCAAGUGUGGAAAUUUUCAGUCAGCUUAAUUCUGUAAUCAGAAAUUUGUUUUGUUAUUCCGGAUUGAUUUUUCACUUGGUCACAUCUCUCAGUAAUUCCUAUUUGUUUUAUUAGUAGCUCUGGGCUGGCUGGUUUUUGUGUUGUUUUAGCCUCAUCCCAAGUAUAAAACUAUAUGAAGUAUAGUUAAACGAAUGUACCUGAAUGAAUAUCGCUUGCUAAUUUUUAUAGAGGAGGAUGACAGCUGCUCUUCACAUUUAAAGAAUGCAAGUACAGGGUCAUUUUGUUUUUUAUGAAGCCAGUACUGUGCUCUGCAUGUUGCAAAGCUGUUUCAAGGAUGUGAGUUUUCUUUAAAAACAUAUAACUUAAGAGGCAUACCUCCUGUAUUUUAUUCUUUCUUUUGUUCUAAAUGAUUUAAAAUGAUUCCUGUUAACUUUUAAGAGAUGAAGUUUAUCAAAUUUGGGAAAGAUUUGAGGAGGCUGGUUGCGUGAGGGAUAUUUGAGAAGUGACUCUGGCUUUCAGAAGGAGAGGGACUCAAAUACUUCAAAAGGCCUUUCCUAUGCUAAGAGCUCAUAGUUCAGUGAAUGGUUGCAAUUUUUGUAUGUGUUCUUGUCAUUUUAUUUUUUGAAAACUCUUUCCAAAAAUCUGAAAAUAAAAUCACAGUCUUUCCUUCUUAUAAAAUUUGUUAUGAGUUAAUGGGUGACAGUUCAUUUUCUGAGAAUAUUUCAGAUUGAAGGGUCAGAUGGCCAAAGUGAGCUAUGUUAAGUAGGCUUAAGACCUUAUGGGAGAGAAAAGAGAUUUUGCUUUUGUAAGACCAGAGGCAUAAUAGAAACAUUUAGUGAAUAUAAUGGUUGAGAAAUCAUAAGUUUUUGGCAUUUUAUUUCCAUUAGCCUUUACCAGCUAGGUUAGGUAAGCUGGUUACAUUUUCCCCUGGCUUUCAGUAGUGACUUAGUGCUACUGACUUCUGUCAUUACGCUUUUACUGAAUGUCUUUCUGGUUAGCCAUGGCCAGGUUGCCGCUGCACUGACGGUUAAGUAGGUCCAGUCUCAACAAAAGAAAACUGUCACUAGUAGCCAGGUUAUAUAUCUGUCAUGUCGAGAAAACAGGGUCUGAAAACCUGGACGUGAACUGACAUAAUCACUGCCUGUUCUCCACCAGCCAAAAGGUCGUGGCCUGCAGUCCUGGGCUCUGCUGACCUGGUGGGUUUCCUUCUAUCUCAGGAGCCCUCCACACUGCCUUUUUUCUGGUUCCAGAGUAAACCAACCUGGAAAUAACCUUUUCCAAGUGUUAGUCUUCUUUCUCAUUUGUCCUCAGCUCGGUCCAGCCUGCAAGCUGAUCACCCAAGUUGCUACUGAAGGCUCAGAUACAUGUGGCAACGCGGUGUAGGUGCUCAGUAGGAAGGAAAGCUUGUAGUACUUGGUUUCUUUAAGUAACCGUAUAAUCUAGCAUAAGAGAAAGAAUUCUACACAAAUAACUGGGAUUCAAAGCAGCAUGUUAAGCAUGGAGUGACCAUAUAAUUUAUUGACUAGAAUGGGACACUUUGGAGAGUGGGAAGGGCACUCUUAAUUAAUUGGGACAGUAGACACAAAUUUGUACUCUUGUGGGAAAAAGGGAGGUGCCAUCCUAGUGAGGCUUUGGAGCGGUGGAAGGAUACAAGUUCAGAGGAAGCAGAAACUACCAGUUUUCUGGGAAAACUAAGAAAGAAAGAGGUAUGCAGGAUUUGGAAUUGGGGAUUGUGGAGGAGGUCAGAGGAUGUGGGAGGUUCAGUGGGGCAGAGAUGGCCAUGUAUACAUGGGGGAUGAUAAAGUUCAACUUGACUGGAGCUGAAGAGUAUGUGUUAGCUGAAUGUUCUUUCCCGCUUGUUAAACCUGAUGAUCUGGUAGUAUACUGAUACAUAACGAACCGCUUGAAAACAGGCUUAACCUAGCAAUCAUUUUAUUAUACUUCACAAUUUUGCGGGUCAGAAAUUGGAGCAGGAAGGAGCUUGCAAGGAUGACUCUUCUGUUGAUGUUGAUAAAAAUCAACUGGUGGUGUUCAUAUGGCAGAUGGGCUGGCUUAGUGAGUCUAAAACAAUCGUCCGUGUGUCAGACACUUGGACAGGGAUGACUAAAAGACUGGGUUUAGCCGGGGCUGUCAACCAAACUGCCCACGUGUGGCCUUUCUAGCAUGGCCGUCUCCGAGUUGAUAGACUUAGAUGGAAGCUCAGGGCUCCCAGAGAUUGUUUCAGGAUCCCCAGACAGGCACUGCAAGCCCUAUUACCUAACCUUGGAAGUUCUAGAAUGUCGCUAAUACUAUAUGUUAUCAGUUAAGCAAGUCACAGAGGAUUUAAGAGUGAAUUGGACUUCAACUGUCAUUGGGAAGAGGGGUAAACUUGUGGCCAUCUGUAAUCAGACGCUAAUGGCAAUCUACUCUUUACAAUGCUUGACUAACACCACCUUUGUGAAGACUUUUCUUUCACAGUCUAAUGCAUAUGUAUUCCCAUAAUUCCUUGUCACAUUAGGCGGUCUGCACUAUGUGUUCACCUCGUAUAUGUCACUUUCUACUUAGUGUCGAUCAUUUUCUGUAUUCUCUAUUUCAGUUUUGUAAUAUUCCUGGUAUAUUAUACAGCAAAUUUGGCUGCACAAGGACAAA